UCCGGCCGUUGGUUACUGCGACGUGUCCCGGCCGGGACGAGUCUUGUUCCGGGUCUGGGCCCGGCACCAGGAGAAAAUGCCGAAAAGCAGCGGCAAGCAGCCAGCGCCGGGCCUGAGCCUGGGCCUGGGCCUGGGCCCGGGCCUGCGGGACCGGCUGGACGGAAACGAGCUGGACCUGAGCCUCAGCGGCCUGAGCGAGGUGCCGGUCCGAGAGCUGGUUGCCUUGCCUAAGGCCACCAUCCUGGAUUUGUCCUGUAAUUGUCUCGUCACAUUAUCGCCGGAGUUUUGCAGCUUGACACAUCUCGUCAGACUGGAUCUCAGCAAGAACCAGCUACAGGAGCUUCCCUCAGAGUUUGGGCGACUCCUGAACCUGCAGCAUCUGGACCUGUACAACAACAAGUUGAUCAGCUUGCCUGUCAGCUUUGCUCAGCUCAAGAACUUGAAAUGGUUGGAUUUAAAAGGAAACCCACUCGAUUCAGCACUGAAGAAGGUGGCAGGGGAUUGCCUGGAUGAGAAGCAGUGCAAACAAAGUGCAGCUAAUGUGUUGCGAUACAUGAAAACCAUUCAGUCCGAACAAGAUCGUGAGAAGCAGCGACAGUUGCAGGUUGAGAGAGAGAUGGAGAGACGACGGGAAGCGGAGUUGCGGGCUAAGGAAGCAAGGGAGCGAGAGUUGCGUAAACGUGAGAAAAUGGAGGAGAAGGAGAGGCGCCGGAAGGAGUACGAUGCACAGAAGCUACAACGAUUGAAUGAGACAAAGGAGCACAAUCGUAGUGUGUUGGAAAAACCAGUUUCAUCCAGAAAUCUCUCAACUCAGAAGAGGAACUCAUUCUGCCAGGUGCUUUUGAAGAUUCUGCUCUUCCUUCUGCUCUGCACAGUUGCCACGGUGGUAAUGUGCAGGAGAACAGGGCUGCCACACAAACAACUGUGCACUACAGUUAAUCAUUUGUAUGAAGAUGCACUUUACGCCCUACAGCGAAAUGAGGCUCUCCGGAGGAUGCUACAGUUUCCAUGAUUAACCAGAUGAAGAGUUGCUGAAAUUCCUAUGGAAUUGAUGAUUGAUUAAUGUGUUCUAUAGCACAUAGACCCUUCAAAGGGUACCCAGUUGCCCUGCAAAAUAAAUUUGUUUUUGCAUUCAA